CAUGGCUACUCCUGUGGUAUUGCUGGAAGCCUUGGAGGAUCUGGCAGAUGGAGAGUUUAAAAGAUUCAGAUGGUUUCUGCAGCAGGCUGAGGUCUUGGAAGGCUUCCCAGCAGUCCCAAAGAGCCUGUUGGAGAACGCAGACAGACUGGAUACAGUGGAUCAGCUCACAGAGACCUACAACAAAAAUGCUCUGGAGGUGAUGAUAAAGGUUUUAAGGAGGAUCAACAAAAAUGACUUGGUGCCACGUUUAUCAGCAUUAGGCAGCAUUAGGAAACUCAUGGUGGCUUACAAUGACAGCAUGAGGUUGAUGCUGGGAAUUCCAAGAAGGCAGGGGCGUAGGCAGAAAUCAUAAAAUUGGUGGUCCCAGAAAAAAUCA